CUGUCCUUGCUUGUGCCCGCAGCUUCCAAGGGCCAGAUGAUGGAGGAGCGUGCCAACCUCAUGCACAUGAUGAAGCUCAGCGUUAAGGUCUUACUCCAGUCUGCCCUUAGCCUGGGACGCAGUCUGGAUGCAGACCACGCCCCCCUGCAGCAGUUCUUUGUAGUGAUGGAGCAUUGCCUCAAACAUGGGCUGAAAGUUAAGAAGAGUUUCAUUGGCCAAAAUAAAUCUUUCUUUGGACCUUUGGAGCUGGUGGAAAAACUCUGCCCCGAAGCAUCAGAUAUAGCUACCAGUGUCAGGAAUCUUCCAGAACUAAAGACGGCCGUGGGAAGAGGCAGAGCUUGGCUGUAUCUUGCUCUCAUGCAAAAGAAGCUGGCAGAUUAUCUGAAAGUCCUCAUAGACAAUAAGCAUCUCUUAAGUGAGUUCUAUGAGCCUGAGGCACUAAUGAUGGAGGAAGAGGGCAUGGUGAUUGUUGGUCUGCUGGUGGGACUCAACGUUCUGGACGCCAAUCUCUGCUUAAAGGGAGAAGACUUGGAUUCUCAGGUUGGAGUGAUCGACUUCUCCCUCUACCUGAAGGAUGUGCAGGAUCUGGACAGCGGCAGAGAGCACGAAAGAAUUACCGAUGUCCUUGAUCAGAAAAAUUACGUGGAAGAACUCAAUCGGCACUUAAGCUGCACAGUUGGGGAUCUUCAGACCAAGAUAGAUGGCUUGGAAAAGACGAACUCAAAGCUUCAAGAAGAGCUUUCAGCGGCAACAGACCGAAUUUCUUCCCUUCAAGAAGAACAACAGCAGCUGAGAGAACAGAAUGAAUUAAUUCGUGAAAGAAGCGAAAAGAGUGUGGAGAUAACAAAGCAGGACACCAGAGUUGAGCUGGAGACUUACAAGCAGACCCGGCAGGGCCUGGACGAAAUGUACAGCGAUGUCUGGAAGCAGCUGAAGGAGGAGAAGAAAGUCCGACUGGAACUAGAAAAGGAGCUGGAGUUACAAAUUGGGAUGAAGACUGAGAUGGAAAUCGCCAUGAAGUUACUGGAGAAGGACACCCACGAGAAGCAGGACACGCUCGUCGCCCUCCGCCAGCAGCUGGAGGAAGUCAAAGCAAUUAACUUACAAAUGUUCCACAAAGUUCAGAAUGCAGAGAACAGUUUACAGCAGAAGAAUGAAGCCAUCGCUUCUUUUGAAGGAAAAACCAAUCAAGCAAUGGCAAGCAUGAAACAAAUGGAAGAAAGGUUACAGCAGGCGGAAAGGGCCAGACAGGGGGCAGAAGACCGGAGCCACAAGGUGCAGCAGGAACUCAACGGGAGGGUCAGUGCCCUGCAGCUCCAGCUGUCCCAGCUGCAUGACCAAUGCUCAGGUCUAGAGAAAGAACUGAAAUCAGAAAAAGAACAAAGGCAAGCUCUCCAGAGAGAAUUACAGCGGGAGAGAGACACGACCUGCCUGCUCCAGACAGAGCUGCAGCAAGUGGAAGGACUGAAGAAGGAACUGCGGGAGCUCCAGGAUGAGAAGGCAGAGUUACAGAAGGUCUGCGAGGAGCAGGAACAAGCCCUCCAGGAAAUGGGACUGCACCUCAGCCAGUCCAAACUGAAGAUGGAAGACAUAAAGGAAGUAAAUAAGGCACUGAAGGGCCACACGUGGUUGAAGGAUGAUGAAGCAACACACUGUAAGCAGUGUGAGAAGGAGUUCUCCAUUUCCCGGAGAAAGCACCACUGCCGAAACUGUGGCCACAUUUUCUGCAACACCUGUUCUAGCAACGAGCUGGCCCUGCCCUCCUACCCUAAGCCAGUGCGUGUGUGUGACAGCUGUCACACCCUGCUACUGCAGCGCUGCUCCUCCACGGCCUCCUGAGGCCAUCAGGACACCAGUAGGGACCUUAGCCUGUUGAGCUCCAUCUUCAGAGUGGAGGAAAGCCUCAGGUCCAGUGCCAAACUCUGGGUCUCCAGAGACCUGCAAGGGCCCCAGAGAAUCAAAGGAAAAAAUGAAAUCCUCACCAGGCUGUCAGCCUCUGAAGACAGCGCCAAGUGGCAGCUGACCAUUUUUCCAUGGUUUGUAUAGAGCCAGCUCCUCUCAACUGACAUGUCUGUGUCCUCGGUUAUAUCCUGGCUUUGGAACAGGUGUAACUUCAUGAUUUUGCUACUGUCACUUUCACUUUUCAAAGGAUUAACCUAUUUUGCAGCAGUUGCACUAGUACAGAAUCCUUUCUUUUCCUACCCACAUCCCACAGAAACCUUGAUUUCUGCAGAGCUUUGAGCCUCCUGGGUCUGUCAGUGUGCCUUGUCUGCUUCAUCCAGCAUUUACCAUCAUGCCCCUGUCAACAACUACCUUUAGCCCUGCAAUAAAAUCCUUUAUUUUUCACUCUUGUACAAAGUGCUGGCUUCCAGCUUGCAUAUGGAGGAGGGCCUGCUGCUUUUGUUCUCUUCAGCUGGUGUGUUGCUUGUACUUAGGCUGCUCCACCCAGGUGGAGCAAGGCCAGGGUAAAGGACCUCAAGCCUUGUCACCAAAGUCCAAGUACGUAUUUACACAGAUGCCUGACUUGCAGUGGGGUUACAUCCUCAUUGCAGUCAAGUAGAAACAAGCCAAGAAUGACCACUGUUCACCUCACUUAGCCUGCCUUGAAAGUGCUUGGGACACUAGCAAAUAAACAGACUCAGCUUUUUGUUUUGAGAAAAGGUCUCAAAUAGCCUGGUCUGGUCUCAAAUUCAAAUACAACCAAGGCUGAACUUGAACUGAUCCUCUUGCCUCUACCUCCCAAGUACUGGAAUUAUUAGCAUGUGCCACCAUGUCCAGCAAAACAAAGCCUAUUUUAUAGAUGUUGGCUUAUCUCAAUAAUUUACUGAAAAUUGUCUAUACAGGUACUUCUAUGCCAUGGCAAAUCUGAGCCAUCCAUUAAAACCAUCUAGCUACAUGGGACUUGAAGUGCUAGCACAGAUGUCUGUGGCCAUGCAGAUUUGUACCAUCUUCCUUAGGGCCCCACCCAAGUGCAAGUUCACGUACCUAUCCCAUCAUGCAGGCCAAUGUCCUUAGAUUUCUGUCCAUGCAGGCAUGGGACAGAGACAAACAAAUGCCAGGGUACAAGGCCAGAUGGCAGCUUACUAGAAUGAGUUCUCUCCACCAUGUGUCUUCCAGGGAUAAACUCAGAUGAUUAGGCCUGGCAGCAAACAUCUUUAUGAGCCAUUUUGCUGGCCUGAGACUCUGAAAUAAGUAUUGGAGCAUCAGACAAGGCAGCCAGUCAGUCCACCUGUCUUCCAGCCCUUCCCUUGUACUUUUCCAUCCUUCUAGACCUAAUACCUUCACUUCUCACCAAUUCCCAGAUCUGGUUGUUUACUGUGCAGACUCUGCCCCAACCCAAUCCAAGCCUGUCUCUCCUUCCUCCCACUUCAGUCAGUACUGGUUCUGGCGCUUUACUUUAAGCAAGAUUCACUAUGUUCUCAUCUGCCUCUCCCUAAUCCCUACAGCAAGGACUGUGCAGUCAGGAUUUAAAAAACCAGACCUGAGCAGCUCCAAAGCCAUGUUCUAAACUGCAGGCAGUGAAAAGGGCCAAAGGAGUCUGCUGCUCCUCCACCUGAACCCCUAACCUCAGGACUCAAUUUUCCCACAAAGUUCACAUACCACUGUACUGCCCCAGACUGUUGUAGUUAAGUCUGUACCUUUUCAAUGUGCCAACUUAGGUUCCAGCUUUUGAGGGGCAUUUAGUUAAGUCACUUUACUUCUGAGUAUCACAUUUUUCAUCUGCACACAAAAGAGCAGGAUAACACCACCUUCCAUUUACAUGCUGCUGCUCAGAAAAAGCACGCAUCAGGUCCCCAGCUGGUAUAUACAUGUUCACAUUUUUAUCCCUUGUCCUCCCAACUUCAACUACCACCAAGUUACAUAAUAAAUGUAUUCAGUAUUAUUCAUAAUGGAUCCAAGUCCCAAGUCACUAAUAUUUAGUUGUCAAGUCCUUGGUAUGGCAUGUACAGAGGGACAUGUGCUGUUCAAAGUAAAUGUAGAGCCAGAGCAUGGCAGACUAGACAGUUUGUGUGCGAAGGCCACAGCAUUUCUUCAGAGGUCAGAGGGUCUGCCUUCCUAGAACUUGGAUUAUUAAAGAAAGGCAUAUGCCAUCAUGCCCAGGCACUUCAUUUUUGUUGCCUAUAUGGUUUAUACCUUCUUGCAAAUGGAGGUGAGAGCCCACCUGUAGGAGUUGGUUCUACUACCAGCCAGGGCUACACAGUAAAAAACCAAUCUCCAAGUUGUUGGCGUUUUGAUUUGGUUAUUUUUUCAAGAUAGCUUCUCCCAGGGUGGUGGUGGCACAUGCCUUAAUCCCAGCACUAGGAAGGCAGAGCAGAAGGAGCGAGUUCUAGGACAAUCAGGGCUGGAGAGACCAGUCUCUAUGAAGCCCUGGCUCUCCUGGACCUAGACCAGGUUGGCCUCAAAAACAGAUCCACUUGCUUCCACACCUCCCAAGAGCUGGAAUUAAAGGUGUGCUCCACCACUGCCCAUGUUAUUAAUUCUACUUCCAAGUGGACAGGGUUUGUGACACAAACCUUGGCACAAUUCCAAAAGGGCUAAGGGUACAGCUUAGUGGUAGAACCUUCAACCAAUAGUAAAGGUCCCAGAUGGAGAGGGAUACAGCAGCACACAAAAGAUGGUAGCACACUUGUUAACUAGCACUCAGAACUAGUCUGAGGUACAUAUGGAGACAUCAAGAAAAACUCCAACCUGUGAGAAAACAUCUAUGGACAUCCUAGAGGACAAGAAAGUGGCCUUGUGAGUGACCUGUUACCCCUUUGCUCUAAUACUUUGUUUCUGCCGUGCCCAAAAGCCUCUUAGACAGUGAGUGCUGACACUGUAAGCCACCUCUUAUACAGUGAGUAUAGGCUGUUCAGACAAGAUCCAGUGUAGUCAGGCCAAAACAAUCCUUCCACAAGGGCUCAACAGCCAGGCUUACCUGUAGCUUGUCUGAAGACAUCUAAAGCAGCCUCGGCUACCCAGACUUUACAUAAUACACAGGGAUACCCCAUGCAGGAAUAAUGUACCAAGACAGAUCACAUGACACUGAAGCAGAUAGGUAUAGCUUUUAAAAGGAAGAUUUAUUUGACAAGGUUCACUUAGCGCAAUACACCUAAAAGGAAAUCACAAUACAAUGAAAGACUUAAAUCAAGGCCUCAGAAUUUCAUACAAACACCAAGACCAAAAAUCCUAAAGUAAUGGUAUUGCGUCUCAAAAUUUCUCCAUGAACUUAAAAAAAAAACUCACGUGCCUUACAGGUUAUCAAAUGAAAUUAGAACAUGCCAAAUGUUUCACUUUUAAUUGUAGACGCAGCUCCUAUAU